CAUCACCAUCAGGAUGCCGUUGAAGACCUCACUGUACCGCAAGCCUUCCUCGGCUCGUUGGCCCCGGAGGGUGUCCAAGCGCCGGGACGUCCUUUCAGUUAACAUGAUCAGCCUUCCGCUGGGCGACUUCCGGCACCUGUCUCAUAUUGGCUCAGACGGCCAGGGCGACCGGUUUGGGGAUCUGUCCUUCCUCAAGCGGGGGCACAGCUUGCUGCUCCAGAGCUCCCAAAGCGAGCAGAACCUCUUCCUGGCCUGCUCGCCGCCGCCUCCGAAACCCCCGCGUCUCAACCUGGACGAGGCCGAGGGGCAGGAGAGCCCCGACUGGGUGGCCCGGCGACACGACACUGCGCAGAGGCGAAAGAAGUGCAGCUCCCUGCCGCUGCUCGACAGUGAGGAAGGGGAUAUGGUCGAGGAUGAAUACACUGAGUCCAAGAGGGCCAGCGCCAGCACAAGCACAGGGCACAGCAGCCUGGACUCAGGGAGAGACUACACCCAGACCUCUAUGGACAUUUCACAGCCAGACGAGAUCGACUCAGCAUUCUCCUUCAGCCUUGACCUUGGGCCCUCCAUACUGGAUGAUGUGCUUCAGGUGAUGGACAAGCAUCAUCAGUAAAGGCGUAGGGCCUGGACGGAACCCAUAACUAGAAUAUAAUAUAGACUUUUUAGAUUAACUCUAGCUGGGGCAUGUCAGACCUGCUGUGCAUUUUCCGAAAGUGCCGCUGAACAACUAACAUUGUUACAUCGCAAAACUCUCUCUCCACAGUUCCUACGGUGGUUACUCAAUGCUGCUUUUGGUAGACACAGUCCUGGACAGUUCCACUUGGGAUGGAGAAAAGACAAAAACUCUCAUCCCAAACCAAGAUACAGAUCUUUAUCAAGACCUUUUUGUAUCUAUUUCAUGGUGCUAUCUCUACUGGGAUGUUGCGGGCGAGGAAUAAAUGCUGACAAAGAGACCAUUGCACCCGUGCUGGGUUCUAGAGGCAUCAGCAGCACUUGCUCUCCCACAUAAUCUCGGAUCUCUGGACCUCCACCGGAACAGAACAGAGUGUGGAUAGAUGGAUAUCAGCCCUGAUGCGUAUCUUAAGCUCAUAUCUGCUGACACAGGCACACAUGCACACACACAUACACAUGAGCACAAACACACACACACACUCUCUCCCUCUCUCUCUCUCUCACACACACACACACACAUACACACUCACUCUCUCUCUUUCUCUCUCUCUCAUACGCACACACCUCCCAGCACCCACUCUUUCCCCAUCUGUGUGAAUGGGAGGUCAUCUGAAAGGCAGACAGCAAUAACAAAACGUAAACUCCUGCCAGUACUGUGCAAUUUACUAUUGAGUUUCUUCCUGGAAAUGUGGGAUUAGGCAAUAGCCAUUCAAAUAAUUCCCAACUAUGUGCCAAUAUUUUAAUCUGUGACCUUAUUUUACAUUUGGGGAGUGGGGUUUCUGUUAUAUUGAAGCGCCUGGGUAUUGGACAGUCAGGGUAUAUUUAUGAAGUGAAAGGCAAGGGUUAACAGAGUUUGAACACACAUCUUACAAGGGUUGUCCUUGAUAACAUGGAAGAAUAAAAGUUAAUAUUCUCCA